GUUGUGAUGGCGGAUGGUGGGCGCUGUCGGCACCAUGGCGUUGUACUGGCUAGUUGCUUUGGUGUUGGUGGGAGGUAGGAUGGUGGACGGCAACGCGGAGGUCAUGAGUCAUGUGACUGCGCAUUUUGGGAAGGCUCUGGAGCAAUGCCGCGAGGAAUCCCAGCUGUCUCCAGAAGUUCUGGACGAGUUCCAUAACUUCUGGCGCGAGGACUUCGAGGUGGUCCACCGCGAGCUGGGCUGCGCCAUCAUGUGCAUGUCCAACAAGUUCUCCUUGCUGCAAGAUGAUGCCCGCAUGCACCAUGAGAACAUGCACGACUACGUCAAGAGCUUCCCACAAGGUGACAUCCUCUCCGCCACGAUGGUCAAGCUGAUCCACAACUGCGAGAAACAGUACGACGACAUCUCAGACGACUGCAGCCGCGUCGUCAAGGUCGCCGCCUGCUUCAAGGUCGACGCCAAGAAGGCCGGCAUCGCGCCCGAGGUCACCAUGAUCGAAGCGGUGCUGGAGAAGUAUUGACACCCAACGGCAGAACUUUGAAUUGAAAAUGAUACUGGUGGAUAGAUAAAGUAGGUGAUGAUAAUUGUAUAAGUUGGGCAUUGGCAGCAAUGCAGUGUUGCUUUUACAAAAAAAAAAUAUUAGAUCCGGACAUACGGAUACACGAAAUUAGUAAGAGUAGUAAUCACUUACUUGCACACAAUACUUUGACUAUCAAAGGCAAAGCGAUGUGGAAAUUUGGAGGCAAGCUGAAGCGAUCUUAUUAGUAGGUACUUAUUUCUUUUCCUAGGGUUUGUGGAUAAAGUGUGGAGUGGAGACCUCUUAAAGUAUGACUGAUGAUGAUGAGAGUAUUGUGUGCAUAAUAUUAAGUAAUUUUUUUAUUUAAAUUUAUUGGUAUUCAGGAUAAACUAAAAUUAAAAAUUAGAACGGUCAGAAUUUAAUAUUUUAACAAGAAGAGUUUGUAAACAACUAAGUAAUUGAUAAAUGAUAAGUUGAAUGGUCGUCAAGAAGUAUAUAUCCUUUUACCAGUAUUGUUUUUCAUUCUUAUAUGAAAUCAGCUAACAAUAUAUCGUACAAUGUCUAAAGAGUGAUACCUAGUAGAUAGUUCUGACUAAGUUCAUUUCAUCAACUAUUUAGAUUAGAUUAGGAUUUUUGUGAUUUAAUAAAUAGUUGUUUGAGUGGA